AUGCGAAACGAUGAAGAAGACGAAAAUAUGGCUGGUGAAGCAGUUUGUAUGUUAGCAGCAACUGAAGAAGAACAUGUUAAUGGUGCUGGAGUUAUUGCCAGUAGUAGUAGCGGUUCACAAACACCAAUUGCAAAUGGUUCAAGUAGCGGUUAUCAUCCAACUACUGAAAUGACACAUGGUCAUUCCGUAAGUCCACUACAUGCAUCAUUCUUCGAUCGAAUUUCCACCAGAUGGUGGAAUCCACAAUUUUUAUCAACAGCUUUAGAAACUCAGUAUUGGAAAUGUAGUUUUCCACAACUCAGAGAUAGAUCUGGACUUGUAUACAUUUGUUUAUCAUGCAUUUUAUGGAUUGUUUAUUUACAAGUUUUCAAUCAUGCUAGCUUAAUGCAUUGGCUAAUAUCGAUCACUUUAUUUGUAAUAUCAUUUGGAAUGCUUCUCUUUACAUUAUUUUCCGUACAUUAUCAACGUUUUUACAUGCCUGCAUCAUUUCUCUGUGUUUUUAUACUCUGUACCGUAACUCUAUUUAUUUUCUCUGAUAAAUCCGGUUCGUUUAUGAGUCCCAUUGGUGAUUUAGCUACUAGUUUUCAGGUAGUAUUACUAAUCUAUACAGUAGUUCCAUUACCACUGUAUCUGUGCAUUUGCAUUGGCUUAAUUUAUUCGAUAUUGUUCGAAAUGAUCGCUACCGGUAGUAUGAGUUAUGCGGACGCGCUAGGAGUCAAACUUAUACUUCACAUUGGUAUCAAUCUCCUUGGUGUUCAUUUAUUCAUCCUAACACAAG